ACACUACGCAAGUGGCAACGUCAUGAGCAGAUCGGCUCAUUUCCGAGCGCACUUGAAUGCACCAUUCCUGCGCACAACGGUUGGCACCAUCCGAGCGAAUAGUGGUGGUAAUUUGACCUGCGGGUCACUUCGACAACAUGACGACCUUAAAACGCGAUAAACUGCAAAGCUGAACAGUUUGUUCAAGUUUAGAGUCGCUGGUUCGAGUGAGAGGACUUUCCCUGAGCAGCGCGGUAUACCUGGGCGAGAAAACAUUCACCUUCUCCGCGUCUUGUCUGCAUUAUGUCAAAACUACCAGGCAACGCAGGUGUGUCGCUCCUCGGGGACAAGUCGCUGGACUUCUACCGGGACCCGGUGCUCUUCUGCAGGGAGAAGAUGGAGAAACACGGAAGCAGAGUGUUUCAAAGCCGCCUGCUGAACAGACCCACCACCUUUGUGUGCUCGGCGCAGGGCAUGAAGGAGCUGCUGUGCGAAAAGUCCAAUGUGUUUCUAAAAGAUCCGACUGACGUGAUGACAAAUAUGUAUGGUGACACCAUUGUUACCACUAACGGUGAGGAGGCUUGUCUUCUCCGUUUGUCUUUCACCAGCUUGUUUACAGGAAGUUGUUUAGAAUCAUCAAGUGGUUACAUCACCAGUGUAUGUGAACGCUGUCUCAAAGAUCUUGCCUGCAGUGGCGAGCCGCGGUGUGUGUACUCUGCGUUUAAGCAGCUGGGGACCGAGUUGGUUUUGGGUCUUUUUCUGAACGUACGUGCGGACGAGCAGCCGGAACUUUUCCAGAAAAUCACACAGCUCUGCACUCAACACUGGCACGGUCUCAUUUCUGCUCCGGUCAAUGUGAAGGUCCCUUUGUGGUCAUCUGGUUUUUCCGUGGCCUUGGAAGCCAGAGACCAGCUGCUGGAAAUCAUCAAAGACAAACUGGAGAAUGACGCAGACGGUUUCGUGGGCUCACUGAGGUCACUGCCUCUCCCCGGCGCCAAUUGCGCUUCCCGGCAUCUCCUGCUGUUCAUCUCAGCGCUCGUUCCCAAAGCUCUGGCGUCGCUACUCACCUCGUUCACUGUGGCUCUAAGUGGGAAUGAAAAGGAGGAAGCUCGCCGACGUGCGUUGAUUGAUGCUGAUUAUCUGCAAGGAGUCCUGCUGGAAGUUCAGAGACUCUGGCCUCCUUUCAUUGGUGGACGUAGAAUAGCAGAAAGAGACACGACGCUGGCAGGUUUCCACGUCCCUAAGGGAUACGGCGCCGUUUAUGUCAGUCAUGCGGUCCACAGGGACCCGCAGGUGUUUGAGCAGCCUGACAGCUUCCUGCCAGAGAGAUGGAACGGAAGGAAUGCAGACCACAAGCACUUCCUUUGUUCCUUCGGCAGCGGCUCUCGGAACUGCCUCGGUAGUAAACUUACGGACGUCUUCCUGAAGACGCACAUCAGAGUGCGGAACCGAGUGAGAUUCUGCUUAAGAGUCGGAUGACUCACUGUCCUUCAUCCACCAGCCAGCCGCAUCUCCUAACAACAAUUGACGACAACAGGCCCCAGCCACUCUUCCUCCUUUUCAUCUUGUCUUUUUCCUUCAUGUUAUUUUAACCCUGCCGAAUCAAUUUCAAAGCUUGUGAGCACAAAGGCAGAAAAAGGCGGAAAUGAAACUUCUCUGCAUUGGCAUCAUGAUGCCUUCAGUUCUAUUUUGACAUUGAAUGUGCAUUAUGAUUUUUAACAUGGAGGUGGAAAAGGUCUUGACAGCAUAAUUGACCCCAAAUCCUCAAGUCAUGUGAUCCAGACAAUAGCAAUCGUGUGUAUUGUGUGCAAAUCCUUAUUUACACGUGAGCCACCUUGUGCCCGGCGUACAACACAAUCAAUGCAACUUUGCAAAGAAUGUGGUGAGCAGAAGUGGUUUAAGUCAUAUUCAGCUUGCACGAGCAUAAAUUACCGCAACACAAUGUGACUCAUUGAAAAGCAAGUGCCAACUCACGCGUCCAAAUGUGAGCACACAAUCGUCCAUGCAUCGUUAAAUUAAAUGCUGUGUUUGACAUGAACCAAAGUUACUAACAUUAGCUAUUACAAAAAUUGACACUUUUGUAUGACAGGAUUUAAAGCCGGGGAUUAAUUUUAAAGUCUAUUUUUGUGACACCUUGGGGACAGCCAGUCUACUACCUGGCAACACACAGUGGCUCCAGAUGGCACAACAAAGCCUGACGUCCAUUUUAAUGAGAGGAACUAAUUAGCGCAUGCAGGCGUCUACUCAGUCCUGCACAAUAAGUUUGCUAGCUUGCGCGUAGCUAAUAUGUAAACAUGCAAAAAAGUGGAUUUGUGUGCUUCAAAUACAGUGUAUCGUAGCGAGAUGACGAUAGAUGUUAGCUUAGAACAAGUCAGGCGCCUAAGCUAAUGUGUCAUAGCAAUGGUUAGUCGUUAGCUUAAAACGGGUCAAGAUCUUAAGCUAAUACCUGCCUUAUGUUGAAAGCCACAAUCAGAGGAAAUUCUACACAAAAGACACAAUAGGGACAGUACAUAACUCAAAGUAAAUUUGUCAUCCACAUUAUCGCUUUCAUUGUUUUGAUGCGUUUGCGCGUAUAGCAACGGAAACCGAGAAACCGACUGUAAUCCCCCCCGGAACCACCCCGCACAGAAUCCUCAGUGCUUACUUAUGAGCAAGUGUGUUUGUGUGUCCUCAGACAGAGAGGAAGGAAACAUCAUUAGUCACUGAGGUGCCAUCAAGUGGUGUUUUAAUUGUCUCAUUCAUCUCGCCGCGCUCGCGACUGCGCUCGGAUCGUGACAUUCAUUUGACUGUCAAACUAGCGUCUCACCUCCAUUCAUUUGCAAGCUAUAAAUAGAUUUGAGCCAUUACCAAAACACUGGUAGCUCACGUGAUCAUUCCCUAUUAAAAUGAAUCAUUCUGGCUUUUACGUAAUCGUCUCCGUUGUCUCAGCAGUUCGUGCUUCGGUUCAACGCGAUGAAGACAUUUUUGACCUCUCACACUGCUAGCUCGUGCGUCUGUCUCUUGUGGUGUAUGCUCGAGGGGAGGACAAGCAGAUGAGAGGUCAACAGGAAAAAAAAUAGAGAUGGCACAACAAGAAAUAUUCAUUUUAAAAUAUUUGUUACUUCGCAGUAUCUUUUGUUUGAAAGUGAGCGUCCAAUUUUUCACGCGAGGCAGGAAGUGUGUGAGGAAGACGAACGUUGCGGCACAUUUCUAGCUUCGGAGAGGCGUUGAGGAUGUGGCAGAUUGUGAUAACACCUCAAGGCUUGUGUUUUGUUGUGCGAGGGCACGGGAGGGUGGGGGCGAGCAAAUUUUUCACUUUAGUGUUGUGUAAGUUGUCGUUGCUUGUCAGGCUACCGGGCAAUUGACUCAAAGCGACACUCUACACAGAGGAAAUCCAAUCACUUAAAUGUGACCGUGACUCAUUAACAAGGACACUCCACUUCCUCUUGUUCCUUCCCCACAUCCCUCACAGUUUUCAACGGUGCCCCCCCCCCCUACCCCUCGCACGCUUUAUUCGUGGUCGUUGAAUCAAUGUUGUGUUGUUGUUUUUUCUUUUGGAGGAGUAGAAUCAGAAAAGUUCAGCAGGAGUUCAAAGCUGUUUACUGUUUUGAUCUUUAACUGUAUUUUUCAGUUUAUAAGGGUGUACCAAAAGUGAAUAUUAUAAAUAUUUUUCGAAAAUUUAUGGCGACAGAGAACAAAUGUGUGAUCAGAACCCCAGAGCCAGGAAAUGGAAGUUGAAAGUGGAACGAAUUGAAUCGUAUGACUAUUCUCUAUGCCUGAAGUUAAGUUGAAUGUGAAAAAAAAACUGAAAACAAAAAGAAGAAACUCAACAAAACAAUAUAAUUAAAGCAACCAAAAGGGUUCAAGAUUAGCACCCUGAUUAGCUUGUGCAGUUGAAAACCUUUAAUUGUUAUUGUUUUUCUUUUCGUCAUAUUUCUCUCACCCUACGACAUUUUGAAACUAGGAUUUGUAAGCGCUAUUUACAAAUUAGUUUUACUUCUCUUGAAUGCUGCACAAGAAUAAUCAGAUUUUUAAUUCCAAUGGACUCAUGCUAACGGCUAGCCUAUUUUAAUAAAUACAAUCAAUAAAACAUGAUGAUCCAAUUAAGUUGUCUGCCGGUUAGGCUCCAAAUAUCAACUGCCUGUUUCUUCACCUUUCACCUAGACAUUGUGGAGGCCUCACAUGGGAGGCAGCAGUUACAGCUGCACGCUAGUCUGUUGACAGACGCUUGGCUAAUAGGCUGCCACGUGCCAACUCUUGCUCUCAAUUUCUAAAAUGUGAAUGACUUGCAAAAAACAACAACAACCAUGUAUUUCAAAACAAACAGCAAAAAUUCCUCCACUCGCUAUUCUUGGAAUUGCAUUUGAUCAAAAAGAUUAUGGUCUCAAAAACCAUCCGUUAUAUUGAUAGAAACAUCGUUUUAGAUUGGCUUCGGUUACUCUCAUUGGCCACACUUAUUUGGCUUUUCUUAUGUGGUCAACCUACUAAGUCAUGCAUUAAACACAGAUUUCAAUGGUUAAAGGUUGAAAUUAAUCGAAUAUAGGCACUGCUUUGUUUACUUUCUCCCCCCCAUCAUACUUCCGCCCCCGUCAAACAUCCCUUUUAUUACAUUUUAGCUCCAGGGGUGGCAGUGCCCCUGUGCCCCCCCCCCCCCCCUCUAGCUCUGCCAAUUGACAAAAAAAACUAUCAGUGCAAUGACCUUUCAUAUGUAUUUGCUUUGGAGCUUCAAGGCUUACCUGUUGUUGGUUAAAUAGUACUUAUUAGCCAACACAACAAAGACAAAUAUAAACACACACACACACAUGCUUGAGUCAUUAUAAUGUGACCACCAACAUCUUAGUAUAUUUCCAUUCCGAUGAGCAAGCUUAAAAAUAUUUUUGUCUUUUUGAUGACCAAUCCUUAGACUGUAAAAUAAUGCACUUUUCAUUCCACCAUAAAGCGCAAGUAAAUAUGGAUCUGACCUCGCCAUGGCCCUUCUUCAUUUCCGCUACUCAAUUUGCCCUCUCGCCCUCUCGUAACACUCCUUUGUCCUCUUUGCUCUCCCUGCAUCUCUUUCGCUUGUAUCCAGGCAUACACAGCAUGUUGGCACUAUAACAACACAAGUGUUGCAAUUGCAGCACUACUCAGCCGGAGUUUAAUCAUUGGAUUAUGGGAUUAGCGAGUGGCGCAGAUUUACUGACAUACUGUACAUGCGCCAUUUUAUAAAUCCGUUAUUUUUGAUCAUAUCGGAGGUGUUGGGCACAUCGUGUAUCUUUACCUCCAACCUUUUGACUUGUGCUUGAAUAAAUAGUGGACGAUUUAAUAAUAGCGUUUAUCAUUCAGUAUCCCCAAUUAACAUAACGUAUUCACUAUUCACUUGGAUGUUGAUUCGACAGUCGAGGUGGCGAAUAUGCAGAGGAGGAAGAUGACUGUUUGUACUUGGGAGGUGACUCACGUCGCUCGCCAUAAUGACUAAACACCGUUCACAUUUGAGUGUACCUUCUGUUCUAUGAUUACAAUUGUCCACUUAGUCAUAAUGCACUGAGCACCCAGACAUUUCAGACAUGACUCAAGUUGCAACAAUUGUAUUUUAUAUCAUG